UGGCGGCAGACUUCAGACCAAGUCUCUUCAUCAGCCAUGAACGUAUAUCUUCUUCUUGCUCUCUGUGGCGCCUUCGUGGCCACCGUGUCUGCUAGCGAUCUCCAGGACCAGAUCGACAAGUUUGCCGAGGAUCUGUUCCGCGUCAAAGAGGAAAUAGCCAAACUCAAAGAACGGAUCGAUGCCGCACGCCUCGCAGAACACGAAAUUCCUGAGGAUCAUGACCGCACCAAACGCCAUGUAAUGUACUAUGCUGCCCCACCAACAGCGAUGGGACCCGCGGGACGCAGGGGACCCCAGGGACACCCCGGACUUCCAGGAGAUGCAGGUCCCGAGGGGCCCCGAGGUAAUCCGGGUCUUAAGGGAGCUAUCGGUGAGCAGGGAGCUCAGGGUAUGGUUGGCGACCCUGGUGCCCCCGGGCCACACGGUCCAAUUGGUGAGCAGGGUCCAGUAGGUGACCAGGGAGCCCCAGGCCCCAUGGGCCCAGUCGGACCUCAGGGACAGAAGGGACUCACAGGAGAACCCGGUCAAACCGGCGCUCAAGGUUAUCCCGGAUAUCCCGGUGAGGCGGGAGAGCCCGGACUAGCCGGACCAGCCGGUCCCAUGGGACCAAAUGGAAUGCAAGGAAUACAAGGAUACGGUGGGGCCCCGGGACAGGACGGCGCUGUAGGUGAACCAGGACCCGUCGGAAAGCCUGGUCCGGAAGGAGCAAGGGGACCAGUAGGACCUCGCGGAGAGUUCGGACCUGCGGGAAAACAGGGAUAUUCUGGAUACAAAGGACGACGAGGAGACAGAGGAUACACUGGAUAUCCAGGACCACGUGGUCCAGCAACUACCUAUUACUACGCCCCUGCUAUGGCCAGAUACGUCCCAGUUCAGUCUGCACCCUCCCGAUCUAAGGGAGUUUCAUACGCCCCAGUUGUUGCUGCACCUAAAAGUGGUGCAUAUGCACCAGUUGUUGCAGCGCCCUCAAAAAGCAUGAUGUAUGCUCCUGCAGCUGCUAAGUCAUCAUGGGGCGCACCAGCCCAAGUUGUAGGCAAGUCUUGGGGAGCCCCAGCAAUGGCGAUGGCGCCAAAAUCUUAUGCUCCACCUCAAGCUUAUUAUAAAGGACAAUAAAAUAUUUCGCUGAAAAGUACUUUUUUGUAGUUAUUUGUUCGGUGUUAUUUUUUAAUUUGAACUUUAAAAUUCUAAUUUCCUGUUUGAUUUUGAUAUUGUUUAUGACUGAACAAUACGAAUAAAAAUUGAUGAAAAGUUUUAA